UAAUAGAUUUGACAGGUUGGGCUGUGUGUGUCUCCUGAGUCAGUUGUCAGCACUCAGCAGCAUCCCCCCACCCCCUCAAACCCUGCUGCUUCCUUCCUUUUUACCGCUCUACGCCAUUUCCCCAUCCAUUCUCUUCUUUUCACACACCUCCCGAUGGGCCCUUUCCUCCACCACUGUAUUAUUCCCAUAUGCAUCUUCUGACCCUUAACCCCUCACGCCACUCCCUUCAAUAAUUCCUUUUACUCUCGUAAAUUUCACAAAAGCAAGCCCAUAAAGCGACAAAAUAUGCAUUCCGCCGCCGACCCACCGCCGCCGGACACUCUUGAGGAGAUAACCCAACUCCUCCACCACCUCCUACCCUCCAGUGCUCCGCGCCAAGCUUGCUUCCCUGAAAUCCAUCCUCUCCGAAAUCUCCGACUCACCCCACUGGUCGGAGAAUGCUCUCCUCCUUCCGCUGCUGCCCGCCUUGCUCUCCACUGUCCGCCGCACCGAAACUCUCUGCCACCACUGCUGCGACGCUUCUUCCGUUAGGCGCGGCAAGCUUCUCAUGCAGUCCGACCUCGACAUGGCCGCCGGUUGGCUGUCGAAGCAGAUUAACGAACUCGAGCUCCUCCUCCGCUCCGGCGUACUCCACCAGUCAACCGCCAUUGUUCUCUCUCGCCCCGCGGCGAGUUCCUCGAAGGAGGAACUCGCGUUUUUCAUCAAAGACCUCUUUACUAGGCUCCAGAUCGGCGGGCUGGAGUUUAAACGGAAGGCGUUGGACUCGUUAAUCCAGCUUCUGUCGGAGGAUGAUAAGUCCGCCGCUGUUGUCGCGAAACAAGGGAAUAUCGGCUGUUUGAUUUCCUUGCUCGAUCUGAAUGGUCAUGAUUCCAUUAGAGAACUGGCGGUUCUAGCAGUAUCAUUGCUCGUCUCGGCCGGUGAUUUCCCGCGGAAAUGCGUGUUUGAGGAGGGGGCUUUGGGCCCUUUAUUGAGAAUCAUCGAAUGCGGUUCAAUGCCGAUGAAGGAAAAAGCCGCCAUGGCUGUGGAGUUCAUCACUGAUGAUCCUGAUAAUUCUUGGGCUAUUUCUGCUUAUGGGGGUGUUCCCAUUCUAAUGGAAUUGUGUAAAUCUGGUUCGCUGACGGCGCAAUCCUACGCCGUUGGGGCGCUAAGAAAUGUUUCUGUUGUUGGAGAAAUUCGAAAUGUUUUAGCAGAAGAAGGGGCGAUUCCUGUUCUAAUCCAACUGCUUGUUUCCGGGACUCCAUCUGCGCAAGGUAAAGCAGCCAAUUGUGUAUCAAUUCUUGCUUCUACAAGUGAGUAUCUUCGGGAUUUACUGUUACAGGAAAAGGGCUUGCAGAGAUUGUUGCAUCUGUUUCAUGAAUGCUCGGCUCCUGAUACGUUGGAACACGUAUUGCGUGCAAUUUAUUCGUUAUCUGCCUCAGACACGAGCUACAGGAUUUUAUCUGGAUCGACUGUGUUUGUAGUACAAAUUGCUGAGCUUAUAAAGCAUGGGAAUGUGAUGUUACAGCACAUUUCUGCUUCAUUGAUUGCUAAUUUAGCGAUUAGUGAUGGUAAUAAGAGGGCUGUUGGUGGAUGUAUGAGUUCUUUGGUGAAGCUAAUGGAGUCUAUGAAGCCAGACGGAAUGCAGGAGGUUGCGGCGAAAGCCUUGUUGUCGUUGUUGUCGGUGAAAUCGAAUAGGAAAGAGUUUGUGAGGGAUGAAAAGAGCUUGAUGAGGCUGGUGCAAAUGUUGGAUCCUAAAAAUGAGGCUGUUUCCAAGAAGUUCCCAGUUGCGGCAGUGGCGGCAGUCAUGGCUGGAGGGAGCCAGGGCUGUCGAAAGAAGCUUGUGGCGGCAGGUGCUUACGGGCAUUUGCAGAGAUUGGCAGAAACAGAUGUGGCCGGAGCUAAAAAGGCUUUGCAGAGACUCUCUGCAAAUAGGAUAGCAAGUAUACUGACCAGGACGUGGCGGGAAUAAUCAAGAAACUAACCCACUCCCGCCAAUGAAAGAAGAUUGACCGGAUCUUGGCUAACCAUCCACAAGAAGCCCACUCCCACAAACAAACAGACUGAACUCUCGGCAUACUGCACAAGUUAGCUGAUGGUAGUAGUAUACUGUAUUAUAUGGGAAUCGAAGAUUAAACGAGGAAAAAAAAGGGUUGUUUCUAAUCUAUUCAACAGCGGCAUGGAUGCGAUUUUUAGCGAGUAUCCUUGUUUCGAAUUUUUUUUUCUAAAAUAUUUAAUUUAUUUGAUAUGUUUGAGUGAAACAGAGUGCUGUUUUCAAUGGUUUUCACCUCUGUAAUUCCUUUUUGUAACCUUGUUUAUUGAUGUACAUUUGUGUAUUGCACCUUAAUACCUGUGAUUGCCAAGCUAUAGCUUUGUAUAUUGUU